GGAGGAGGAGGAGGAGGAGGAGGAAGAAGAAGAAGAAGAAGAAGAAGAAGAAGGAGAAGGGGGAGGUCACGUGACGGUCGCGGGCGCCGCCGCCGCCGCUUUGUGAGCGCACCGGGCAGGGCUUUACUUCCAUGUUGUCAUGGCUCAUCCCCUUUCCGGCUAUUCCCUCCCUGGUGGUGGGGGGGAUCACACCUCGAGACAAUAACAUUUCAGCAGCUACGAUUUUGUAUUUUGUACAUACAUUGUUUUGUAUAUACUGUAUAUGAUGACUUCGGUGGGCAGUGAACGUACCCGGGGCACUCGGGACAAAAUGCAAAUUUCAACCACACAGCCAACACAACCACAGAAACAAGUAGUGCAGGCAACAGCAGAACAGAUUCGCCUUGCUCAGAUGAUCUACGAUAAGAAUGACGCAGAUUUUGAAGAUAAAGUGAAACAACUUAUGGAAGUGACGGGGAAAAACCAGGAUGAAUGCAUAGUGGCACUACAUGAUUGUAAUGGGGAUGUGAACAGAGCAAUCAACAUACUGCUGGAAGGAAGUUCAGACACGACUUCUUGGGAGACUGUAGGGGGAAAGAAGAAAAGCCUUGGAAAGGAAGGUUCAGAAAACAAAGAGAACAGAGAGAAACGAGGGGACAGAGAAGUGAGUCGUGGACGGGGAAGUUCCAACAGACGGGGAAGAGGAGGCAGCCGUGGACGAGAGUUUAGAGCUGAAGAGAAUGGAGUGGACAACAAUCAAGGAGAUAGGCCUUCAGACCGUGGGAAACGUGGCCGUGGGAGAGGGUUUGGACGUGGCAGAGGGAGAGGAACGGGGAGGUUUUCAGCCCAAGGCAUGGGGACAUUUAAUCCUGCAGACUAUACGGAGUCUUCUGCCACUGAUGGCUUUGGGACAAAGUCAGAGAUCUGGGAGACUGGUCAGAAUGAUGCAGAUGAUGGAACUGAGCCCACACAGAGCGGAUGUUACCUUGCUCAGGACCUGCCAAAUAAUUUUGGAUUCCAAGGAGCAUGGAAGAACUCAAUAGAAGAAUGGACAGCAGAAGACUGGAAUGAAGAUCUUUCUGAAACAAAAGUCUUCACUGCAUCUUCUGUUCCUGCUGAAAAUCAUGUGACACCUGGGCAAAGCAUAGACUUGGUAACACUGCUUCAAAAGCCGGUGACAUCUACCCAAGAGACAGAAGGCAACUCAUUUGAGUCUCCCCAGCAGCAAACCUUUGGCCAAGCCUUAGUAUUUACAAAUUCUCAGCACAGCACCCAGAUGGCAUCAGGAACAGGCAGCUCCAGUGCUGUAAACUCUUACUCUCCUCAAAGUCUGUCGGCAGUUCUUUGUUCUGGCUUUGGAGAGCUCAGAUCUUCUAAACUGGCAAACUCUACUGGUUCUCAAAUCUUGGACCAAUUGAAAUCCCCAGGACUGGGUCAGUUUACCUCUCAACAAACCAAUAGCAGUUCUGCCACCACUAGCACAGUUGUGUCAUCCUGGGAUCUAAAACCACCUAGUACUCAGUCCUCAGUCCUCAGUCAGUUUGACUUUAAAUCCCAGCCUGAGCCAUCUCCAGUUCUGAGCCAGCUGACACAGAGGCAGCAACAAAUGCAGGUGGUUCCUGUUCCUCCUCCUGGGCUGGAGUCAUCCUCCUCCCAGGUAAAACUCCGAGAGCCAUCACCAGUAGACACUUCUACAGCUGUUAGCAAAAUAUUACAGCUCCCCACUAUUUCUGUGGAUAACCAGGCAGUGACUGUUCAUCAAACCCAGCAGAAACAGAUAAAACCACCAAAAAGGAGGAUAACCCCAGCAUCCAAGAUUCCUGCCUCUGCUGUGGAGAUGCCUGGAUCAGCAGACAUGACAGGGUUAAAUGUUCAGUUUGGAGCUCUUGAGUUUGGAUCAGAGCCUACACUCCCAGAGUUUGGAUCAACUUCAAGCAGUGAGAAUACCAACCAGGCGACCAACAAUAGCUUAUAUUCAAAAUCUGUAAAGUAUGUUGAUCCUUUGAAUACCUCUUUGCCAAUAUCCAAUACAGUACAGGACUCCACCUACACAACCUCUGCCAUCAGCUCUUCCAGUCUGACCUGCUCAUCCCAGAGCACUAGCCCAAUAACAACUUCCUCCUAUGACCAGACUUCUGUGCAUAGCAGGAUAGCGUACCAAAGCUCCAUGGCUCCGUCUGAACCAACCCCUGUGGCAGUUACGAAUGGGCACAGUGGUGUUAGGACACAGGCAACACUUGACACUAUUUCAUCAGUUGUAGCACCUAAGACAGAGCCUUCUCCCUCGCUACCUUCAUCUGGUUCUCUGCCCAGUGUGGUGUCUACCACGGCUUCACUUCUGCCUUCAGCAUCGCAGCACAUGGCAGCGUUGCCCAGCUUGCCUCAGUCCAGUGAUCUGGCCAGCAGCUCACUCUCCCAGCUGAGCAGCUCCCUUUCCAGUCAUCAGACCAGCCUCUCUCCUGCCUCCGUGUUGUCUUCAGGCACAUCACAUGUGCACACUAGUAUUGAGAACACAACUUCGCUCCAGCCCUCAACAACCUUUUCAACUGCUUCAACCUCAGCCACUAGCACCACCUCCUCGGUUGUCAGCAUGGCAAGCAGUAUGAACACUACAAACAGCCUUGGCCUGAGUGUUACCAGUGUGUCUAUACCGGCUGCUACCACACGGGCAGCUCCCUUAGUGUCUUCAGGCAAAGCACCCCCAAACCUGCCCCAAGGUGUACCACCCUUGUUGCAUAACCAGUAUAUUGUGGGACCUGGAGGACUUCUGCCUGCCUACCCACAGAUUUAUGGUUAUGAUGAUCUCCAGAUGCUUCAAUCCAGACUGCCAAUGGAUUACUAUGGAAUUACAUUCCCGGCUCCUGCAACGUUAACAGGCAGAGAUGGGAGCCUUGCUAACAACCCAUACUCAGGUGAUGUAACAAAGUUUGGCCGUGGAGAUACUGCCUCUCCUGCUCCUGCAACCACUCUGGCCCAGCCACAGCAGAACCAGACACAGACUCACCACACAACUCAGCAGCCCUUCCUCAACCCAACCCUGCCCCCAGGGUACAGCUACACAGGGCUCCCUUACUAUGCUGGGAUGCCAGGUGUUCCCAGUGCAUUCCAAUAUGGGCCAACCAUGUUUGUACCUCCAGCAUCUGCUAAGCAGCACGGAGUCAACCUGAACACAGGGUCGACUCCCUUUCAGCAGGCGAGUGGCUACAGCCAGCACGGCUACGGUGCAGGCUACGACGACUCAACGCUGGGAACGGCAGCUGGAGACUACAGCAAAGGAGGCUACAGUGGGUCAUCUCAAGCACAAAACAAAUCUGCUGGCACUGGACCUGGGAAAGGUGUUUCUGUGACCUCAAGUAACACGGGUGUGCCUGAUAUCAGUGGCUCAGUCUAUAACAAGACUCAGACGUUUGACAAGCAGGGAUUCCAUGCUGGCACUCCACCUCCCUUCAGCCUGCCUUCUGCUCUUGGAUCCACUGGGCCCCUCAACCCUGGUGCUGCCCCGGGUUAUGCUCCAGCCCCAUUUCUCCAUAUCCUCCCUGCGCAUCAGCAGCCUCAUUCCCAGAUGCUGCAUCACCACCUUCAGCAGGAUGGGCAGGGUGGAUCUGGCCAACGCAACCAACCCAGCACCAUGCAGCAAAAGUCUCAGGCUACCAAAACCGCCUAUGGCACUUCUCCGUACUGGACAAACUAAACCCGAAACCGGGGAGGGGGGAGAGAAUGAAAGGAGAGGAGGAAGAAAAAAAAAAAAAAAGAUAAAACAAAACAAAAGAGAAAAAAGAAAAUAAAAGCUGAAGCCCAUUCUUGGAAUUAUUGGGAAAAGUAACUGCUCAGCCAAACGUCUGUGCGGGGAGAACUGCAGCCAGCCAGCCAUCCUCUGUGUGACUCGCCUGCUUCCUCUUUGAGUUGCUGUUAUAUGUAAUAUAUUUAUGUAUGUAUUUGUAAAUGUAAUAGAGCCUAAAUGUGGUUUUCCGCAUCUUGCAGCCUGUUUUAUUUUCUUUGUCGGAAAACUAAUUAUUCAUUUUCCAUCUGCACCAGGGCAUCGUUCUUUGUUUUGUAUUUCUAAGUUCUAUGGGUUUUGUAACUCUGUCAGACAAAGACAAACUGCGCCCUUUUUUUUUGGAGCUGGAGCACAUUUAUUUAAUGCAGUUCUAAAUUCAGACAAAUAAGGAGACCUGCCCUUCUGAAAACCUAAAUCAAGAUGUGUUCUGUUGGUUUGAUUGUACCCCCCGACCCCCAAUAUACCUGUUAUUCUAGAGGGGGAAAAUAAAAGAAAGAAAAAAAAGUUCUGUGGGCCUUCCCCUUUCUUUCAUUUCCUCCCUCCCUCCCCCCCUCUUGCUGUGGAAGAGAAGCUCUUGUGGGCAGUUUCAUCACUGUCGCCUUGAGCUGCAGUCUCAACUUUAAAUUUUUCAAUUUUUUAAUAAUAAUAAAAAGGACGGGUUUUAGUUUUUGUUUGUGCAGGGUUUUUUUCUUGGUGUUUUUCUCUAGCAAGAGACUUUGGAUGGCUCAGUGUGUCCUGGAACCUCCUUUGCAUCAUUAGAGGCAAAAACUAUGUAGCAGUUUCUUAAAUAAAAGUAUAAGCUGUGUCUUGUA